AUUAUUUUCCUUAGAGAAACAAAUCCAAUACUAUUCAAACAAUAAAUAACUAAAGGAUGUUAAGUUCAUAGGUUAAAAUCUCGGUACGACCACUGGGUGAAAAGUAAAAACUAAAAGAAAUACAAAGAAAAGAGAAGGAAAAAAAGAAACUAACUGAAAAAACAAGUAAAUAGUGAGCAGUUCCUACUGCAUCGCAUGGAAGAUGCGAGGAAGCUAGCAAAAACCAAACAGUAAUGAUCUUGACAUGAUCCCCACUUUGCCAAGCUACCAGCUACAUAAUUCCCCUCUCUCAAGGUAUGCUGGAAAAUGAGAAACCAAUCUUUAGCAAUGAAUUGUGUUUGAAUUUGUGAACUUAUACUGCCCACCUGCUGCUUGAUAAAAAGACUAAAGCAGAAUUUUAGAACUUAUAUCUGCAAUUGCAUAGUGUAUCAUGUCACCUUUGAACAAGAAAAACAUAGCAAGCAAAAUAACCAAUCUCCAUCAUCUUAGGCAGCUCCAUGCACAACUAGUCCUCCACUCCCAGCACCACCACAACCACUGGGUGGCACUUCUCCUUACCCAAUGCACGCACCUCCUUGCACCCUCAAACUACACCUCCCACAUUUUUCGUGCAGCGACAUAUCCUAAUGUACAUGUCUUCACCUGCAUGCUCAAAUAUUACUCCCGAAUUGGUGCUACCACACAAGUAGUAGUUUCUCUCUUUAAACAUAUGCAAUACUAUAAUGACAUUAAGCCGUAUACAUCGUUUUACCCAGUCUUGAUAAAAUCUGCUGGAAAGGCAGGCAUGUUACUUCAUGCUUAUCUACUGAAAUUGGGACAUAGUCACGAUCAUCAUGUUCGAAAUGCAAUUAUGGGUAUCUAUGCCAAGUAUGGAUGUAUUGAGCUUGCCAGGAAACUAUUUGAUGAAAUGCCUGAUAGGACUGCUGCAGAUUGGAAUGUCAUAAUCUCUGGAUACUGGAAGUGCGGGAACGAAAAGGAAGCAACUAGACUUUUUUGCAUGAUGGGAGAGUCGGAAAAGAAUGUUAUUACUUGGACCACCAUGGUUACUGGACAUGCGAAGAUGAGGAAUUUGGAGACUGCGAGGAUGUAUUUUGAUGAGAUGCCAGAAAGAAGAGUGGCAUCUUGGAAUGCAAUGCUAUCAGGAUAUGCUCAAAGUGGAGCGGCACAAGAGACUGUAAGAUUGUUCGAUGACAUGCUAAGCUCUGGAAAUGAACCAGAUGAAACAACAUGGGUAACUGUCCUGUCAUCUUGCUCGUCUCUUGGUGAUCCUUGCCUUGCCGAGUCAAUUGUCAGAAAGCUGGACCGAAUGAACUUUCGUUCAAAUUAUUUUGUCAAGACAGCUCUGCUUGAUAUGCAUGCAAAGUGCGGAAACCUUGAGGUAGCUCAGAAGAUUUUUGAGCAAUUGGGUGUGUAUAAGAAUUCUGUCACAUGGAAUGCCAUGAUUUCUGCUUAUGCAAGAGUAGGUGAUUUAUCUUUGGCAAGUGACCUUUUUAAUAAGAUGCCAGAAAGGAAUACUGUCUCCUGGAAUUCAAUGAUUGCUGGCUAUGCUCAAAAUGGCGAGUCAUUAAAGGCAAUCCAGCUGUUCAAGGAAAUGAUCUCUAGUAAAGAUUCAAAACCAGAUGAGGUGACUAUGGUGAGUGUUUUUUCUGCAUGUGGGCACCUUGGAAGACUAGGUUUAGGCAAUUGGGCUGUCAGCAUCCUCCAUGAAAAUCACAUCAAGCUUAGCAUCUCAGGAUACAAUUCUUUGAUUUUCAUGUACUUGAGAUGUGGGAGUAUGGAAGAUGCUAGAAUAAUAUUUCAAGAAAUGGCAACCAAAGAUUUAGUUUCCUAUAACACAUUGAUUUCCGGGCUAGCAGCCCAUGGGCAUGGAACUGAAAGCAUCAAGCUAAUGUCAAAAAUGAAAGAAGAUGGUAUUGGACCAGACCGCAUAACAUAUAUCGGUGUGUUAACUGCAUGCAGUCAUGCAGGAUUAUUGGAAGAGGGUUGGAAAGUUUUUGAAUCAAUCAAAGUCCCUGAUGUAGACCACUAUGCAUGUAUGAUUGACAUGCUAGGUCGAGUUGGUAAAUUAGAAGAAGCUGUGAAAUUGAUUCAGAGCAUGCCAAUGGAGCCCCAUGCUGGAAUUUAUGGAUCUCUUUUAAAUGCUACCAGCAUCCAUAAACAAGUUGAACUUGGGGAACUUGCUGCAGCUAAACUGUUCAAGGUUGAACCACAUAAUUCAGGCAAUUACGUGUUGCUUUCUAACAUAUAUGCUUUGGCUGGUAGGUGGAAAGAUGUUGACAAAGUUAGGGAUAAAAUGAGAAAACAGGGAGUGAAAAAAACGACUGCCAUGAGCUGGGUAGAGCAUAACUCAUAAGUUCAUUGUGGAAAACCGCCCACAUGAAAAGUCAAAUAUCUAUAAUCUACUAGCACAUCUCAAGGUUAAAUUGAGGAGGGCAGGAUAUGUAAUUGAUAAAAUCUGGGUACUGAGGAUGUUGAAUAAGAAGAAAAGAUCAGUAAUAAGAGAAUGGGAAAGUUUAAGGAUGUGUCCAGACCACCAUAAAAGCAUCAAGGUGAUAUCAAGUUACAAGGAAGAAAGAUAAUUGUCUAGGAUGAUACCAGAUUUCACUGCCUCAGCUAGGCCAUGUUGUUCUUGCAAAGAUUACUUGUAAGUUGGAUUGUUCUGUCCUGGGAAAUAAAGUUUCUGGAAUAUGUGAAGAUGGAUAAUCCAUAUGAUGGUGAAGACUUCAUCAUGGAUGAAGUGGACUAGAACUUGAGAACUACAAGGAACUUUUUGGGAUGGCUCUGAUCGUGAGGGUGUGUUUGAUUUAGAAAAUGAAAAUAAAAAAGAUAAAAGUAAUUUUUUUUUAAUUAAAGUAGAGUGUAAGAGGUAUGAAACCCACACAAUUUUUUUUUUUAUUUCAUUCCUCUCCCCCUCAACCAAACACACCCUGGAUCACUCUGAAGAGCUUUUUGACAAUGGUGGAAUUGAUUGCUUAUUUGAGACAAAGGACUUGUCUGCUAGUGAUGGUGAUUCCCAAUGUCAGGGUGCUGUUGCCGCUGAGGAACUCAAAUCUCACCAUCCUUUCCUGUGAUUAGAUUGUUUUUUCUAUUAUUGUUAUUGGAGCAUCAUCUGUUAUAUUCCAUAUAAUAAAGCCAUGGUUUUUUGUUGUUGAGCUGUGCAUCUCUGAAUUUUUAUGUGAUUAAUUUUUUUUCAUUUUUCAA